AUGCCCAACUCUCUCGAAUCCUCGCGACCAAUGUUGAACAGCAACGGAACCCGCAACUCGACGCGGCUGUCGACCUACUCGGCAGCCCCGACGCUCACUCCCUCGAUUGCUCCCUCGACCACCUCCUCGAUCGACCCCCGCUCCGCUGACAUCAAGGCCUGGAACGCCGGUCUUGACCGCCUGGAGGACAAGCGCCUGCAGCAGCAGCGCUACGUCGCGUCGCCCGAGAAGAUGGACAGCAUUGGCAAGCUGGCCCUGGGCGCGAAGCUCGACCGCGCCCUGUCCCGGCGCAUGAGCGGCCAAGACGCCGUAUUCACGCACCGCCCCACGGGCAGCCAGAGCACCAUCGACGAGAAGGAGCUCCUUAAGGCCGACGAGUAA